CGGGACUACGGUUCCCGGCCUGCCCUGCCCUGCUCUGUCCUGCCCGGCCCGGCCUUGCUGGGGCUUCCUGCAGCGGCCGAGCCAUGGCAGAGAUCCGCGUCUUCCCCCUCUCCUGCGCCGUGCAGACCUACUCCUGGGGGAAGGUGGGGCUGGAGAGUGAGGUGGCCAAGCUGCUGGCCAGCAGUGACUCACUGGUCCAGAUCCAGCCUGACCAGCCCUAUGCAGAGCUCUGGAUGGGCGCACAUCCCCGGGGCGAUGCCAUCAUCCGGGAUAACCGCAUCCCCCAAAAGACCCUGGGCCAGUGGAUCGCUGAUAACCCUGCCUGCCUGGGGGCAAAGGUGAAGGACGCCUUCCAGGGUCACCUGCCCUUCCUCUUCAAGGUGCUGUCGGUCAACACCGCCCUCUCCAUCCAGGCGCACCCCAACAAGGAGCUGGCGGCGAAGCUGCACACUCAGUUCCCUGAGCACUACCCUGAUGCCAACCACAAGCCCGAAAUGGCCAUUGCUCUCACCCCCUUCGAGGGCUUGUGUGGUUUUCGGCCAGUGGAGGAGAUCGUCUCCUUCCUCCAGAACGUCCCUGAGCUGCGGGCGCUGAUCGGGGAGGUGGCGGCGGAGCAGCUGGAGCGCAGCAGGAGUGACGACCCCCGCGGCGUCUCGGCCGCCCUCCGCGUCUGCUUCACCCGCCUGAUGAAGAGCGAGAAGAAGUUCUUUGUCGACCAGUUGAACAAGCUAGUGAAGAGGAUCUCCCAGGAAGCGGCAGAAGGGAAGGACACUUCAGGGAGCAACGGAGACCUGCUCCUGCGGCUACACUCCCAGUACCCGGGGGACAUUGGCUGCUUCACUAUUUAUUUCCUCAACCUGGUGAGGCUGGAGCCAGGGGAGGCCAUGUUUCUGGGAGCCAAUGAGCCCCAUGCCUACCUGCAUGGAGACUGUGUGGAGUGCAUGGCGUGCUCAGAUAACACGGUGCGUGCUGGGCUCACCCCCAAAUUCAUUGAUGUCCUCACCUUGUGUGAGAUGCUCAACUACACGCCAGCGCCCAGCAGCUCCAAGAUCUUCCCGGCAACACAGAGCCAGCUCGACCCUAGUGUUUACCUCUAUGACCCACCCGUGCCAGACUUUGCUAUCAUGAGGAUAGAGAUCCCCUCCUCCAUCAAGCUGUACCUUGUCUCUGCCAUGGACUCUGCCAGCAUCUUGCUGGUGAUCCAAGGGAUGGCGGUGGGCACCUCCACAGCUGCAGCCUCUGAAAUGACUCUGCGCCGUGGCUCUGUGGUCUUCAUCUCUGCCAACGAGAGCAUCUCCCUCCACCUCUCCUCACCAGAUGGGAUGCUGCUCUUCCGAGCCUGCUGCCUCCUCUGAAAAGCACCUGGGAUGCUUCCCCCCCAUCACUCUAUGUUUGAGUAGAUAGAAAGUGUCCUGGGCAAAGUCAAUUCACUUGGAAGUUUUCCUUCCAUCUAUUAACCCCUCAAACCAGCUGGCACCCAAUAUAUAGAAAGUAAUUCCACAAGUCCUCUCCUUGGAUGUGGUGCAGAGCAGGCAGAGGCAGAGCUUCUCCCUCAGCAGCCAUGUUCCUGUAGCAUCAUCCCCUCUGGGUCCUGUCAGUGCCCUAUAGCAACUCCUUUUGUUUUGUUUUUUCUCCCCUCUUCUCAAUGAAAAGCAUCAGGGAGGCCUGAUGUCUACACCCCAGGUCUUGAGCUUCCCUACCCAGCUUCUAGGAGCAGCUGCUCCCUCGUGCAAAUGUGAUGCUGAGGUUUUCUGCUGCUCGCAGGUGCCUGGCAGGCUCUUCCCAAGCCUGGCCAAUAGCAGGCAGUCUUCUGAGCUGUGUCACCCCUUCCCUGGCUGUAAAAGGGGGCUGCCUGGCCGGGGGGGAAAUGGAGCUGGAGACCCUCUGGUGCUGUGAAUAAAGUGGUGACUUUG